AUGGCAUCAUCAACACCAACUGUUAUCAUCUUCGGCGCUGCCGGUGCCGUUGGAAGAGCCGCGGCCAUUGAGGCCCACUCGCGCGGCGCUCGCAUAUUUCUUGCCAUGCGCAGCACCCAAAAACCAAUCCCGGGUCUCCCCAGAGAGUUGGAGGAGAAGAGCAGCUUCACACGAAUUGAAGCAGAUCUUCUGAACCCGGAUUCUAUCCGCAAUGCUAUCAGCAAGUCAGGGGCAACGGUUGCGUUCACCUACCUCAUUCAUCAGGCCAAAGAUGCCAUGAAGUCGGCUUUUGGGGCGAUGAAAGAAGCCGGGAUUAAGCGCAUCGUCUUCCUCUCAUCAUACACCGUUUAUCCCGAUAGGGAGGCCGCUGCCAAAGGAAAACAUGCCAUUGCAGGGCUUCAUGCUCGAGCCGAGGUCUCCUUGGUGGAGGCCGGUUUGCCGAGCACCAUUCUUCGACCAAUGUACUUCAGCAGCAACAUUAGCUCGGAAGCCGAGGACGUCAAGAACGGGGAGGUCUACUUACUACGACCUGGAGCAAUCAGCGACUACCUAGCCCCUGAAGAUAUUGGGUCUGUGGCUGGCGUGAAGCUUGCACAGCAAACCACCGAGUCCGAAAUUAUUCCCCUCUGUGGUCCCGAACUUCUGUCACAGCGAGAGGCAUGGGAGAUUGUUUCCAAGGAGCUUGGUCGGGAGAUUAAGAUCAAGGAGAUCGGAGAAGACGAAUUCCUCUCGCGCCAACAAGUCCCUCCACCAUUGGCCCGCUGCCUCGCAGACUACUGGCUGGAAGGAGAGGAAGCAUCGGCAAGAUAUCCAGCAGACCGUUACAAAGAGGCAUCCGCAACCAUGACGAAGUAUACAGGAAGAGAGUCAACUACCUUUCCUCAGUGGAUAAAGGCUCACAAGUCUGAAAUAUUCGACGCGUAG